GCCGGCCCGUCCUCCUCCACUGCCCGGCCACACACCCAGACAAACCCCACCGACUCCCGGGGACACACACUGUUAGCUGGGACACGACGAGAGACGGAGGCAGAAAAAAAAAAUAGGCUGUUGGGAGAAAAAAAAAAUCGCAUUGCAGCAUCUCAAACACUCUUCCAUCUUGUGGUCACUUUUUUGUUUUCACCUCCCAUUUAUGUUUUUCUGAAGAGGAGAAACAAACUUUGUCCGCCAUGGAGAGAUGUAAAAAUCAGUCCGGAUACUAAACUUGGACUGCGCCCUUCUGAGCUCCAACAGCGGACUGGACACACUCAACAGGACCGUUAGGUUGUUUUUUUUUUUUUUAGCUAGCUAGCUAGGUGGGAUCCGGACGACUUUGUGGAAAAAUACAAAAAAAUAUUUUUUCCUUAAACUGCAAGCCGCUUUUCGGUCUUCACUACGGGGGAAAACACCAAAGAUGCUGUCGGAGCUGAGCGAGUGGUUCUGGCAGGAGCGGCUGUGGUUUCCAGAGGGCCUGGGCUGGGCUGACCUGGAGGACCGGGAUGGACGAGUAUACGCUAAAGCCCGUGACUUGUGGGUGGCGCUGCCCAUCGCCCUCGUAUUCCUCAUUAUUCGCCAAAUCUUUGAAAGGACGGUGGCUACACCCUUGGCCUCUCUGCUUGGGGUGAAAGAGACGGUGCGGCUCAAAGUCCCUUACAACCUCACACUGGAGUCCUACUACUGUAAAAUUACCAAAAACCCCACACAGACUUCGAUAGUGAGUCUUUGCAAGCAGACUGGCUAUUCAGAAAGACAAGUGCAGCGAUGGUUCAGGAGACGAAGGAACCAGGACAGACCGAGUUUGCUCAAAAAGUUUCGAGAGGCCAGUUGGAGAUUUACCUUUUACCUUCUUGCUUUCAUUGCUGGCCUGGCCGCCCUCAUCGAUAAACCUUGGCUGUAUGACCUGAAGGAGAUGUGGCAAGGCUUCCCUGUGCUGACCCUCCUGCCAUCUCAGUAUUGGUACUACAUGAUCGAGCUGGGUUUCUACGGCUCUCUGCUCUUCAGUGUGGCUUCUGAUGUCAAACGCAAAGACUUCAAGGAGCAGAUUGUUCACCAUGUGGCAACCAUCCUUCUCAUCAGCUUCUCCUGGUGUGUCAACUACAUCCGUGCAGGAACUCUCAUCAUGCUGGUCCAUGACUCCUCCGAUUACCUCCUUGAGUCUGCAAAGAUGUUCAACUAUGCUGGGUGGCGAAACGCCUGUAACUACAUCUUCAUUGUGUUUGCUGCAAUCUUUAUUAUCACACGGCUGGUCAUCUUCCCCUUCUGGAUUAUUUACUGUACGUGGGUUUACCCAGUGACCAUCUAUGAGCCCUUCUUUGGUUACUACUUUUUCAAUGGACUUUUGAUGACUCUGCAGUGUCUACAUGUCUUCUGGGCUGUUCUCAUCAUACGCAUAGCAAUCCGCUUCCUCACCAACAAUGAAAAAGUGGACGAUGAAAGGAGCGACAAAGAUGAAACAGAUGAUUCAGAGGAGGAGGAAGAGGAGGAUAAAAAGGACAUGAAGAAAAAUGGGCCGGUGCAGAACGGUCACGCAGUCCACAACAACAACCACAGCAAGACAGAGUGAAAGCAAACAAGUGUUGGGAUGAAAAAAUGUGAGAAGGACUCAUAUCCCUCAGCAGGGGAGCAGGAGGGAGGGAUGAAAAGAGAGAGAAAGAAGAAGGGAUUUUGGGUUAGGGAGGGGGCAAGUCAUUCCCUUACAACAAAGAACAGCAGGUAUCCUGAGGAAAUUUGACACUGUUACUUUUGCACAUCACGAAAACACAGUCACACACGUUCAUCAGUACUUUUAGAGGGCACAGAGAUCCAGCAGAUACUACAUUAAGUGGCAUGGCUUUUUUUUGCUUUGUCAUCAGAGAAAAAUGUUCCGUCGUCAGUGUGAUGUCAGUCCCAAAAUUUCAAAGAGACAGGAGAGAAAAUGGACAGAGGAGGAGGGUGGCGCUGCUUCUACUUUAGCUUUCCUUGUUCUGUGUGCCUUGGAGCCAGCUGAUGGCUGUUAAAAUGCCAUUUUUAAAAAGCUUUCUGCUUUAAUCUUGUGUUGCUUUAUUUCGUCGCACCUUUUUUGUUUUCUACUAAAAGAACAAAAGAGAGUGAGUGUUGAGAAAGUGAGUCAAUAGGGCAUUUAUUUCCCUAAUUUUCUGUCUAUGCAAUUAUGUAGGUGUUCAGCUAUUGCAACGUCUUUGCACAAACAUACAGUGUCUCUUAUAUACUGUAAAAACCUGCAGUAGGAGCGCGUGCCUCUGCUCUCCAAUACGGCCUGUGCCAUUUAUAAACUGGAGCCUGUUUCACCCGGGGUUAACAUGCGUCUUGGUUGAUCGAGCACAACUGGACAGCUCUGUAUCUCUCUGUUCACACCUGGCAUUAAGAUGCGUCUUGAUUGACCACUUGUCAACAGAUCUCACUUCCCAAAUAAUUUUCGUUUGCUAAGAGAAAACGCGUUUUCAGAGCUCACCAUGUAAUGUUAUAACUUUGCUCACUAAUCUGCGAGCCCUUCAGGUCCUUAUUUGUUCUGCCUCUGCACAGCACUGAUGUUAAGAGUAGCUUCAUAUGAGCACAGACAGCGACCAGAUCUCAUCACUGGUAGGCUGUCGAGACACAGUGUCACGUGAAUUUCUCUCUUUUCAACUUGUGCAGUGGACGCAAAAUUCGUGUCCAUUGCGUCAUCAGGCAUAAAUCUAUGUCUAUUUGCGUCUUUGCAUUGACUUUGUAUGUAAACCUGCCACACAAAAUGCUCGCAUCGCGUUCUUUGCGAACACACUGUUAAGUUGUGGCCCAGGACACGUUAGCGUCCACACUGCUGCCAGAAUGUAGCCACAUGUGGCCCAAACCACCUCCGAAUGUGGUCUGAGCGUUCGGAUCUCGCAUUAGGUGCCUUCACACAUGCACGCACAAGGUACAAGGUAGAUUUAUAAUUUAAAAUUUGUAUCCUGCUACAUCUCUGGGCGUGGGACGAGUUUAGGGUUCUCGCAGCCUGGGGAAAGAAGCUGCUUCGUAGUCUGGUGGUGCAGCAGCAGAUGCUUCUGUAUCUUUUCCCAGAUGGCAACAGGGUUAACAGACUGUGGCUGGGGUGGGUGCUGACUUUGAAUAUCCUCUGGACUCUGCCGAUAUCUCAAUUCACCAAAGUCCCUGAUGCUCUGUUGAUGGGCAGUUUUAAUACUCACUGUAACAUUCCUGUCCUGGGCCCUGCAUAAACCGUGCCAGUUUGUGAUGUUUCCAGUCAGAACGCUUUCUAUUGCUCCUCUGGAGAAGUUGACCAGGAUCUUGCUCUGGAUUUUAGAAGUUUCCGUAGGAACCUGGUUGAUAAUGUGUGAUCACCACCCAAGUUAAAAGAAAAGAGCUGUCCACUUGUGAUAAUCCAGGAUUUAUGUUAAAUUCCAGGUGUAAACAGGGCCUUAGUCUGCCUUGCAAGAUUUAAAGGAGUAAAUUUGGAGUCUGUUUUGUAGAUAAACAUGAAGAAAAUGUCUGUUUAAUUCUUAAUCCAUUUUAGCUCGUUAUGUUCCACUCCUUCUUCCAAAAGAGACGCCUGACCUGCAUUGGUGAUCCUCCUCAGUUCUGUUUGAGCGGUCAGGAAUUCGCAGAAACGAGUGCUUAGUACACACACUGCAAUACAAAUCACAGCUUCCUGCUAGUUGUGACAGAGCUGAAUGUUUUUCCUCGCUGGUUUGGCUGAAGCUCUUUGAAUAACACCGAUGCUGCCACCCACUGAAACUCACGACUCCAUAAAAUCAAUGUGAAGGUGGGCUGCUUUGUUGGAGUUUUACUAAGUUGAAUGGAAUGGGACAGAUUAACCAUUUCCAGAUUUUUCAAAUAUGGGCCAGAUUUCUUCAAUUCACUGCCUUGUAGCUCGGGUUAUGUUUGUUAACCUGGGUUAGUUUUAACUGUUGAUCUAAGUGAUUGAUUUUAGGUAUGAUUGUGUGUAUAAAACAUGUUUUUACAGCUUUUAUUUGAUCUGUUGAGUAUGUAAAAGAUAUUGAAAUCAAUGUUUGGCAGAUAAGUGACUCAUGAGGAAUAAGAGAAAUGAGUGUUGCCGUUUUGCUGUCAUGCUUUAAAGUUGUUUGUAUGUCAAAGUGCCUUAUCUGUCAUGUGUGGGAAGCUCUCUCUCCUGUCUUCAUGUGCGCUCGUUUUCUUUCCUGUCUCCGCCUCACCGAUCCCACUCUAGUACGUCCUCCCUCCACUGUCUCAUCCAUCACCCCACUCCUCUCCUUUAUUAUUAUUAUCGUCCUUUCAAACUCACCCUCAUUCUGCCAUCAUGUUCUUUUUUACUAACCCAGACCAACCAGCAACCUCUCUUCCCCGGAGAUACAGAAGAAACAACUGUGUCCUAAUUACAGUGUUAUUUUUUCUUUUUUUUUGUUUGUUUAAUGAUGCCUAAGUAUUGUUAUUAAUAAUAAAAGCAAAGAUCAUG